CGCGGGGCCUGCCCAUCGGCCUCUGCGCCUGUCAGUCAGUCCCGGGGUCCUCGGAGCGAUGGUGCAGCGGUGCCAGUCAUGAAGUGACUGUUCCUGUUUCUGUCUUUUUCAGGUUGAAGUAUUGUAUUUUGCAAAGAGUGCUGAAAUAGCAGGAGUUCGUUCCGAGACCAUUUCUGUGCCCCAAGAAAUAAAAGCAUCGCAGCUGUGGAAAGAGAUAGAAGCUCGACAUCCUGGGUUGGCUGAUGUUAGAAAUCAGGUGAUAUUUGCUGUUCGUCAAGAAUAUGUCGAGCUUGGAGAUCAGCUCCUCCGGCUUCAGCCCGGAGACGAAAUUGCUGUUAUCCCCCCCAUUAGUGGAGGCUAGUGCAUUUAAGCCAUGUAGGAAAGAUAUGGAUGAUGUUGAAGAGAAACCUAAGGAUAUAAUAAAAUUCACUGCUGAGAAACUUUCCGUGGAUGAGGUCUCGCAGUUGGUGAUUUCUCCACCCUGUGGUGCAGUGUCCCUGUUUGUAGGGACUACGAGAAAUAACUUUGAAGGGAAGAAAGUCAUUAGCUUAGAAUAUGAAGCUUAUCUACCAAUGGCAGAAAACGAGGUCAGGAAAAUCUGUGGUGACAUCAGGCAGAAGUGGCCAGUCACACACAUAGCAGUGUUCCAUCGACUCGGCUUAGUUCCGGUGUCAGAAGCAAGCAUAAUCAUUGCUGUGUCCUCAGCACACAGGGCUGCAUCCCUUGAAGCUGUGAGCUAUGCCAUUGAUAAUUUAAAGGCCAAGGUGCCCAUAUGGAAAAAGGAAAUGUAUGAAGAGUCAUCUUCAACUUGGAAGAGAAACAAAGAAUGCUUUUGGGCAAACAACGAUUAAUCAGUUACAUUUUUUAGCGCUCUCAUACUUGGGAAGAAGAUCCUGCACCGUGUCUCUGGCUGGGACCCACAGGUCAGCCACAUGGACUUUAGGAAUCUCUUGGUUACUUCGUACUUAUUCCUUGUGAGCCAGAAAGAUUCAAACUCUCCACUUAUUUCCAUUACUGAGGUAGGGUUGCCUGCCUGUUCUCAGCCUUACCCUCUCUACUCGAUAGCCCCUCCUUUUCACUGGCCAGAAACCAAUUUCUACUAGGGAUGAGGGAUUGGGUGUUGGACAAUUGCAGUGUAUCUGAAAGUUCAUUAUCACAGAGUGGGCCAAUGAAGAUAGUACUAGGAUUCUAUACCCAAAUUGUGAAUGAAUGUGAUGUGUGUUAUAUUACAUAUAAUACUAAUAUAAAGUAUAUGUUCAGGAAUUUUCUACUCAAAUACUUCUUAAAAGGUCUUUAUUGUAGAUAAUUGUUUCUAUAUCACACGUUGUUUGAACAUGUUUUUAUAGUCAUGCCUUCAAUUAAGUGCCUUUAUUCUAUGUUUGGAGCCCAGAUUGUUAUGCUUUACGCUUUUAAAUCUCCGAUGCAGAAGUUAAGAAGUUAAUCUGGGGCAUGCUAGAACUGGAUGGCACAUCCUUGAAAGGUUUUAGUGCAUUGCACUAGAUAUAAAUAGAUCUUCAUUAAUCCUUGCAAUUUUAGGAGUGGCAGAUUUAAUUGGUGGGUGAGAUAUUAAGGGGCUAGCAUCACUCUGACAUUCAGCCUUUUUAUAUAUGUAACUUGGCUGCUCAGGUACUUAGAAGAGCAACCUGAAGACAGGCAAAGUCAGCCUGGAAGUAGUCUCUGGAUAGUUUUGUCUUUUGGGUGUGGCAUUUAGGGUUGCCAUAUAGUUUCAGUAUUAUUUGAGCAAUAGUGAUUAAGGCUGGACUUGAAUGAACCUGGUGGAGGAUUAGAAAAUGGAAUCCUGGGUGUAUCUUGAAUUCAGCCAGUUCUUCCUUACCUCACUUUCCCUUCCAUAGUCGAAUCCUCCAUUUUAUUUCUUGAGAACUAUUGCCCUGGCCCACUCAUCGUCCUAGUGUUCUAACCUUUCCUCUCCACUUAACCCUGCUACUCAGAAGCUUCUCAUAGCUGGUCACAUUGAGGACCUCAGCCUGCUCACUGUGGCCUACUGUCCUACACGCAGACUCCUGCCGUUUCCCAUCUUGCUCCAGGCUCCCACUUUGCUGUGGCUUGUAUGUGGCAAAUUAAUUUCAACCUAGGGUCUUUACCCAUCCCUUUUAGAUAGUCCUCACUUAACUUCCUUCACUUUGGUCAUUUCCUGUUGUUUUACUGUUUUUGUUGUGGUAUUCACUAUUAGUUGGUGUAUCACAUCUACUAGUUUAUUGCCAUCACUAGACCGUAGACUUCAUGAGACAGGGACUCUGCCGGUCACUACAGUGCCUCACCAGUGCAUGAGCUUAUAGUACACUCUGAAAUAAUUGAAUACCAGUGUUCUAAACCUGAUGCAUGUGUAAUUGCAGCACUGACAGAUGUGAGAUGGUGUGGCUUUGCUCCCCCCACUCCCACCCUGUGACCUCUUAAAACUACUCACCUUUGGGGCCAGUGCUGUGGUACGGCGGGUUAACACCCUGAAGUACUAGCAUCCCAUGUGGGCACUGGUUCGAGACCCAGCUGCUCCACUUCCAUUCCAGCUCUCUGCUAUGGGCUGGGAAAGCAGUGGAAGAUGGCCCAAGUCUUUGGGCCCCUCCCUGCACCCACGUGGGAGAUCCAAACUUCAGGUCGGUGCAGCUCCGGCCAUUGUGGCCAUCUAGGGAGUGAAUCAUCGGAUGGAAGACCUCUCUUUGCAACUCUUUAAAAAAAAAAAACCAAAAACUUAAGAUUUUUUUAAGAGGAAGCUUUUAUGUGAUGUAGUUAGAUGAAUCACCCAGCAGAGGGCAGUAUGGACAGGGCUACACUAUAGAGAGUAGACACAAAAAAUUCAGUUUGGUAGCCAUUUUCAUUAAGGUUGGGCCCUGCUUUAAUAUUAAAUGAUUAUGAUAGCAUGAGGGAGGCGUUUUUAAAAUGAUUUUACUUUUUAACAGGUACUUUGGAAUAAAAAUUCAAUAUAAAAUCACAAAUUAACAGAAAACGGUAGUUCUAUUGCAGGUCUUCUCUGCUGUGAAAAGCAGCAGCACUGUUGUGUUUUCUCCAGCAUUGCGCUUGCAGGUGAGGCACAUCCCAGACAUUACUGAAACCAGUUCUGCAGUGAGCUGACCCUUGUGAGCUGUUUGCUACGAUUGCAAUAGGAAGGCAUGUGAAAGAGCACCAGAUACACCGAUGAGAGAUAUGAAGGCCGCACAUUACUGCACAGCCAGGUAGAGUGGGCAUUAAUCUGUCCUCUAUACAGCAGUGACAGGCUGUCAGCCUGAUGUCAAAUUUUCAGCACAUUUAAUCUUUUCUGAACAACAUAUGAUUAUGCCUUUGCAUGUCACAGUGGUUUGGCUGCUGUAACAGACUAGAUAAUCUGGCUAGUUAUAUCUUCAGCCUCCUUGAGUCUUCAUUGUGUACUGAAGCAAUGUGAGUAUAAGACAACUACAGUACAGUGUAUGCCUUGUAAAAAUCAAAACCUAGGGGCUGGCGCCGUGGCUCACUUGGUUAAUCCUCCACCUGCGGCCUCAGUAUCCCAUAUGGGCGCCGGGUUCUAGUCCCUGGUUGCUCCUUUUCCAGUCCAGCUCUCUGCUGUGGCCCAGGAGGGCAGUGGAGGAUGGCCCAAGUGCUUGGGCCCCUGCACCCACGCGGGAGACCAGAAAGAAGCUCCUGGCUUUGGAUCGGUGCAGCACCAGCCAUAGUGGCCCUUUGGGGAGUGAACCAACGGAAGGAAGACCUUUCUCUCUCUCUGUAACUCUACCUGUCAAGUAAACAUAAAAAAUCAAAACCUAAAGGAAACACUUUUCAGGCUACUUUUUUUCCAAGAUUUAUUUAAAAGGCAGAGAAGGAGGGAGAGUGAUUUCGGUCUGCUGGUUCACUCCAGAACAGAUCUGGGCCAGGCUGAAGCCACAUGCUCCAUCCUGGCUACCCCCCCCCCCCAUGCUGGGUGGCAGGGGCCCAGCUAAUGGGCCAUCAUCCACUGCCUUCUUGUGAAUGUUAGCAGCCAGGCUCUGAAAUGGGACGCCAGCAUUGCAAGCAGCAGCUUAACACUGUACCACAAAGCUAGCUCCCAAAACAAUUUUAAUGACAUUUUAAAAUGUAAUAUAUAGUCAUUUACAAUUAAAUAACUUUCCUGUUAGAUCCUCAUUCUUUUCUAGGAGAAUAGUGACUAGUUUUAUUGAUUGCUAUGCCAAUUUGAUUCUCAGAAAUCAAAGGAAUUGUGCAACUUGAUGUACAAUCAUGCAUACAUUCCAGUUUACAGUUUUUGUGGAAAGAAAAUGCAAAAACAGCAAAUACAGUUAUCAAAGACAUGCAUUGUUUGAAGGAAAAGAACUUUUUCAAUUUUCUUUAAAAAAUAAGCCAUUCUAACAGUUUUACAAUAUAUACACUUAGGAAACUAUUUACAUAAUAGCUACAUUUCUAUUCUUUAGUUAACGUUAUUUUGAACUUUAGUCUGAUUAAAACGAGCAUGCCUAAAUGUACACAAAGAGCAUAGUCCUGAGGUUUUGUAUAUAAUUGUUAUAAGUGUGCAAGUAAAAUAUUAGAGAUGGGUCAAGGAGCUCAAUUAAAGGAAUCCUGCCUUCCAUUUAUGUCAGUUUAUAACAUCAGGAUAAAUACAUCAAAUUAUGCCUUUAUAAUUUUUAGGAUAAUCACUUGAUUGACCAUUAUAAAUUGGUUUUGUCCUUUUCAGUUACUUUCACUGUUCUGUUUGCUAAAAUGAAAACACAAAAUUACAAGUUUCUUCAUCAAGCUACUUGACUAUAUUCCUGUCUUACAAGGUUUGUGUGGUAGCCAUGUGUGAAAAAACUCAAUUUUUAAUCAUAUUCCAUAGACUUUUACCAUUUAUGAAAUGGAAAUUUUAACUUGCUCUCUUUUAAGCCUGGUACUCUACUUUUCAAACAAAAAUGUUACUGAACAGGAGCACAUAACUUUUUUUCCAAAUGAUAUUUUCCCCUCUGAAUUUCUUGGGUGACUAUUUACCUUUGCUUAAAAUUACUUGAGAAAUACUCCUGACCCAAGAGUCCGUUGGUAAUGCCUGCAGACAUUUUUCAAUUGUCAUUUGACUGCGGGAGGAAGAACUGCCCUACAGUGGUAGGUGGAGGCCAGAGUUGGUGCUAAACAUCCAAUAAGGCACAGGAAAGCCCCAGCACCCACACACAAACAAGAAAACCAUCACAUCUGAAGUGAUGAUGGUACCAAGGUUGAGAAAGCCUACCCCAGUAUGGUCAGGGGUGUAGAGAAGUGGCUAGGCUAAUUUUUUUUAGUGUAUAAUAAUCCUACUCCUGCAUGGAAAUAUGCAAUGGAGGCUAAUAUUGUAAACCAAGGAACUACAGAGCUUUAGCUAGCCAUGUGACCUUUGUUUAGUGCUUAUCUAAGAAGGUAAACUAAUAAAAAGGGAUGAUAUACUCUUUAUAUGCAUAUUAAUUUUCCAAUGAGCAAUAUACAAAGAUACUUCAAAAAGUUUGGAAAAUGGAAUUAAAAGGUGGUUAUUUUGGUGUAGCAUUGAAAUCCUUAGUUUUUAUAAUAUGCAUUUUCCAUGAACUUUCAGAAGGCCCCUUGUAUACAUUAGCUACAUGGUUUAUUAAAUAUUCAACUUAAUUUCUCCAUUAAAAAAAAAAAAUCUUGGAAUGAAACAGUGAAUCCACACAGCUGCUAGAACAAUUGGGCUUUGGCACAACCAGCUAGAGAAUACCGAGCUGUUUUUGCUAUAAACCCUUGACAUUUUAUGGCUAAUUGAUAUCUUUUAAAUUCUUGUUUGCCUUGCUUUGUCAAAUACAAAGUAAAUCAUUAAACUGUCCAGAUAGCUGUGGGCUGCCAACAUGGGCCAGGCCCAGGAGGGCAGUCAGAGCCAUCCACAUGCAAACAGGCAAAGACCUGCUUUCCUCUGACCUCUUUCCAAGUCAGAUUUUUGAAGACUGUUUAUAUUCUAGGAAAUCCAGAUCAUAGAUUUUUUUUUUAAGUGCUGCUUAACUCCAGUCCAGCCUUCCCAGUUUAUGAUGAGGACCCUAAGGUUUUUAGAGACCAAGGGCUUGUUCAAGGUUUAGGUAUGCAGCGUCUGACAACAGUCACCAUAGCCCUUGCCCUCCACGUCACCCUGGCACAAACUAGGAACAUUUGGGCUCAGAUAAAGAGGAAAUGAAAAGCAAAAAGCAGAAAUGGGUAGUGGUUCCCAAGACGCAUUCCAUUCGCAUCUUAAUGACUGAAGGGACUGUUAAAAUGCUCCUUUUUAAGCCUCGUCCCACAGUGAACAAGUUAGAAUCUUGGGAGUUGGGGCGAAAGAAAUUACCUUUUGAACACACCUGCCCAUUUGCAGUUCACUCCUCUGGGAGGAAGCACAGGUACACCUGCUAAUUUGGUGGUUUCCUAGGCUCCUUCCACAACUUCCUGCAAAUUCACAAGAUGUUUUACACUGCCAGAAAUUCCAACAUUUGGGCAUUUCCUCAGGCUAAUUUUUCUUAUUUACUAAUAUAUGAAAAUAGCUCCCUUGAGGGUACAUAGUUCAUAUACAGUAGUUCACAAAGGUAUGUGAACAAACAUGACUUUACGGAAGACCCCCCACCCCCCGCCGCCCCCAAACACCAGGGGGAGGAGGAGGAUUGGAUGAGGGGUAAAUGCAGGUGGAUGGCUUCGGACCCUAGAGAGGAAGCCAGGCUGUGAUGGCUACUUUAGUGUGGGGGUACCUGCGGGUGAGAGGCUGCCAGGGAAAUUACCCAUCUUUCAAAAAUCCCCCGAGUCUCUUCCUGCCAGCUAACUGAGGCCUGAAAGAGAAAAGAACUUCCUUCCUUCCUUGUCUGGCAUAGGCUGGGCUUCCAGAAGGCGGAGUGUUAUCCUAACUGUUCUUAUAUGGGUGUUAAGCAGUAUUUUGUGCCUUGGCUUCUAAACUGCCCCAUCCUCCAGCUUAGAGGAGAGCAUGCUCUUAACCUCCGCUGGGUUAGUCAGGCAGGUUUUAACAAAGGUAGCAAGGUAGGACUUGGAAGAGGCAGCUGUGGGCUGAAAGAAAACAGCAAAUUUUACCUCGCUUAUAAAUAAAAUCACUGUUGCAGCAACCUCAGAGCAGCAGCCUGACUUUAAAGACACCCUGUGUUGUUUUUUCCCCCUCUUGGUAACAUCAGUAUUUAUAAUUUUGUGUAUCUGUGGAAGUAACCAGUAUAUGAUGUAGAUCAUAGAUAAUAUCUAGUAUAUUUAAUAAAUACUUAUAAUUAUGUAAGUGAAUGUGAUAGUAUAUGUGUAUGUAUACACAUACACAUAUUAUAUAUAUACACACAUACACAUAUACUGUGUACUUCCACUUUUAUAAGAGCAUUCCUGCCCUUUCCCCCACUCCUCCCUAAG